CCGAUAUGUAGCUCCGCUUCCAAAUCAAUCAAACCCAAAACAAAAAACAAACUAAAACUCGACCAGGCCAAACCCAGGAGCAUCGGCUUUCAUUCAACUCAGGUGGAGACACUAUAUGGAGAUAAGGGUUUUAGGUUUUGGAUUGGAGAUCUUGUUUUCUGGCAGCUGGGUAUUGCUGGAGAAUGAAGGUUUCAAUGAGAAACUGAGGAUCUGAUUUUGGUACUUUAUUGGAGGUGGGAGGGGAAAAGAUGACUCCCAAUCAAAGCUAUUCUCGGAUCAACACUUCGGAGCUGAAGGAUCUGAUUAUUCAGAAGAUUGGGAAGCAGAGAGCUGAGAGAUACUUUGAUAUGAUCAGGAGGUUGUUUAGUUAUAAGAUUAACAAGUGUGAGUUCGACAGGUUUUGCAAUCAAACUAUUGGGAGGGAAAAUAUUCAUCUGCAUAAUCGGCUUAUAAAGUCGAUUCUCAAGAAUGCAUGCCUAGCAAAAGCUCCACCCUUGAGAGGAGUUAGGAAAGCGGGAAGUACACUUAAUGCUAAAGUUGAGAAUGGGUAUCCUGGGAGCUGCCUUCAAUCGAUUUAUGGAGAUGGAUUUCCUAAGUCCCCUCGCAAGGUCCGCUCGCCACUUAAUCGAGACCACCGAAAGUUCAGGGAUCGUCCAAUUCCUUUGGUGCCAAAUGGAAAGCCCCAAAAUUUUGCUUCCGAAGAACCACUUCCCAAAGUGCAAGAGCAGCAUGAAUUGCUUUCUCUUGGCAGCAGGCCUCCAGUUGAAGUUGCAUCAGUAGAAGAUGGAGAAGAGGUUGAACAGGAUGCAGGAAGUCCAGGUAUUCAAAGUCGAAGUCCUGUAACAGCUCCUCUUGGUAUAUCUAUGAAGUUGGGUGGAUCACGUAAGUCUCUUCAUACUGUAUCAGUCGGUGGUGCAUACCGCCCUGAGACUUGUCAAAACUGUGGUGAGCUACCUGAUACAAGAUCUUUAAGAGCUCGUUUGCAGCACAAGUUGGAGAUGGAGGGUAUGACUGUUUCAACCGACUGUCUUAACCUCUUCAAUAAUGGAUUAGAUGCUUAUCUGAAGAGGUUGAUUGAACCUUGUAUUCGGUUAGCUGGGAGUAGGCAUGAAAAAGAUCAUUUCAAUCAACAGAAUAGUCUGUACAUCCAUGGUUCAAAUGGGAUGACUGGUCGACCAGAAAUGCAAAGGGAAUUAAGUUAUGCUACUAUGGUAGAUUUUCGUGCAGCAAUGGAGUUGAACCCCCAAAUACUUGGUGAAGAUUGGGCCACACAGCUUGAGAAGAUUUUUUUGCCAGCUUCUGAAGAGUGAAAACAGCCUUGUACACAGAAUUAGCGUCGAUGAGAUAAUGAAACAUCAGAUUACACCCUCAUAUAUUCAUGGUUCAGUUUUUUCUGAACUAAUUCUUUAACCUUACAUGGUACUUUAGUUCCUAGCUGUUAUCCAAUUUUGAAAUUUGCGAUAUGAAAUAAGUUUUAGAUUAUGGGAACCCGUAGAUAGAGUUCAUUAGGUUGCAUUUAGAUAUAGGCUUGAUAAUUGUUAUGGAGGAGGCAUGUUAAUAUAUUGAAAUGUAAACUUUUUGACACAAGAAA